UCUGAGGAUUAUUAUUUAAACGGAGGCGACUUGGGAGUCUUUGAAUGCUAGACUAGUUUUUCCGAAAUCAACAGAGCUAGUCCGCCGGAAAAUCAAAAAUGACGGAGCAGCUGACGGAGGAGCAGAUCGCCGAGUUCAAGGAAGCCUUUUGCCUCUUCGACAAAGACGGUGAUGGUUGCAUCACUACCAAGGAAUUGGGGACUGUGAUGAGAUCUCUGGGGCAAAAUCCCACUGAAGCUGAAUUGCAAGACAUGAUCAAUGAGGUUGAUGCCGACCAGAACGGCACAAUUGAUUUUUCUGAAUUCCUGAAUUUGAUGGCUAGGAAAAUGAAGGAUACCGAUUCUGAGGAGGAACUAAGAGAAGCCUUCAAGGUCUUUGAUAAGGAUCAGAAUGGCUAUAUUUCUGCUGCAGAGCUUCGACAUGUAAUGGCAAACCUUGGAGAGAAACUGACUGAUGAGGAAGUGGAUGAGAUGAUUCGCGAAGCAGAUGAAGAUGGUGAUGGCCAGGUGAACUAUGACGAGUUUGUCAGGAUGAUGCUUAACAAAUGAACAUUGGACAGUUGUGUAUGUUUUGGAUUCUGAUCAUGGUAGGAAUAUUGGACACGCUUGGUUUGUUGGAGAAUCAGUUGUAGUAUGUUGGCAUUUGGACCCUCAUUAACAAGAUGGGGAUUCUCUUUUGAAUUAGAUG